AUGGAGAAGAAUCUCAAACAUCCCACGCCCUCUUUCAAUGGUGUACCUGAUGCUACACGAAAUCAAGAAAUUAGAAUUGUAAUUGGGUCGGUGGAAGAAAGUAGAAGAAAGGUGUAUGAAGCAUCAAAGAAGGGAUGUAUUCAAACAUUGAAGACUUUGAUUCAAGAGGACCCAAAUAUGGUUUUGGCCGUAAUUCUGUCCUCUUCCAACAAUCACAAUCCUUUAUUGCACGAGUCGAUUUGUCAUGGUCACCUUCAAUUCACUCAACUACUUUAUCACAACCCUGAACUUCUAAUUGUGAUGCAGUCUGAGGUUGAUGCCUUUCAACCAACGCCCCUCCACCUUGCUUCCAAAAAUGGAGACAUCGACACCGUUCGAGCUUUGUUGGAGAACAACACGAGUGCUUGCUUGGUUUACGAUAACGAUGGGUUCAUUCCUCUCCAUUAUGCAGUAAUUAAUGGACAAGUCGACAUCAUGAAAGAGCUUAUCAAUGCAACACCACAAUCUAUUUGGAUGAAGCUCAACGAUGGUCGAACUGUCUUACAUUUAUGUGUAGAAAGUGACCAUUUAGAGGGUAUAAAGCUGCUUAUUGAAACAUUUAUGAAUCGUCAUGAAGGUUUCUUGAAUACAACUGAUGACAAGGGGAACACUAUUUUGGAUUUAUCAAUCAAGCUCAGACAAAGUGAGAUGGUAGGAUAUUUACUCUCGCUCUCUGAAGUAAAAACUAGAAUAAGCACAGCUUCAAAUGUUAGAAAAAGAAGUCUAGAAUCUCGAAAUUCUAAAAAACAAAGACGAGAAUGUGCAUCAUUUAGAAUAGGGCGGUGGAAGGCAUGGAGGAAGAAAUUGAAAUACAAAGGAGAUUGGGUUGAAGAAGUGCAAGGGACAAUGAUGUUGGUGGCUACAGUGAUCGCAACCGUGACUUUUCAAGCUGGGGUGAACCCUGCAGGGGGUGUUUGGCAACAAGACACGGAAUACAAUUCCAACAACUACAUAGAUGAAUACUAUUAUAUGACUGCUACCUUGAAAAAUGGGACAAUUCUCCCAGCUGGGAGUGCAAUUAUGGCAUAUCGACGACCAAUACAGUACAUGAUUUACUCAAUGGCAAAUGUUGUCUCGUUCAUGGCCUCUGUGGGCGUGAUUCUGCUGAUCAUCAGUCGAGUUCCCCUAAAAAAUAGGGUUUGUAGUUGGCUGUUAGUGUUGGCCAUGUGCGCGGCAGUAGUUUUCUUAGCAUUGACGUUUCUACAAGGAUUUAUAAUGGUUAACCUCAAGCCUCUCAACAAUCUUGCUGCAGGAUUCGCUGCACGAUUUGGAUAUUCGUUAGCAUUAUACUUUUUGUUUGGGUUGGUCGGGUUAGUCGGUCUAUUCCACAUAAUUCGUUUUCUUGUUUGGGUGGUCAAAAGCUUAUGUUGCUGCUGUUUCACCCACGACCCUUAA